AUGUCACUUUUACUGAGGAUUUCUAUGAUUUUCGUGUCAAUCGUCAUUGUUUUCUGUAAUCAAGACGGUGGAGAAUGCUCUGUUCUUCGAAUAAUCACCGGUGAAAUUGUCGAGAAUCCAUUUUGUAAUUUAAAAGAUCUUCUCCGAGAUCAGUUACGACAGCGGGAAAGCACUGAAUUCGAAAUUCGACCUAAAAAGUAUUCGGUGGACGCGAUUCGACACGAAAUUCAGACAAAAGCUGCCUCUUUGUAUUGUCCAUCAAAAGAUUCAAUUUGUCGUGUCGAUGGUCGACGAACUUGUUUAUGUCAUCCAUCAUAUGUUUGUUCAUCGAAUGACGAAGAGAUCACACAAAGGUGCACAAAAUUGGCAUAUAUUGCGGCGAUUGAAGGAAAU